AUGGACGGGGCUUUCUGGUUGCGAUGCGGGGUGAGCUGCAGGGGCCGACUCCACCCACGCGGAUCGAGCCACGGCCCUGCGUGCCGCACGUACACCCCCCGACUGCACACCGCCAAGCCGGCCGAAUUAAUUCCACAGAACCACGAGCCUGAGAAGACUGGGGUUGACUGCGGGGUGCUGCGUAAACCGGAGCCCAAGCGCUUUUUGCUGUUGGACGCUCUUUUGUGUUUUUUUUUUGAUUGGAGAAUAAGGAUGGCGGUUGGGGUGCCGUUUGCUGCGGCGGAAGCGCACUGCACCUACGCCGGCACGCUCCAGAGGCUCACUGAGUGUCUGGUGAGGUGUUUCGGGGAGUGGGGAGCUUCUGCGGUGGAGUUUUUGUGGGAGAUGGUUGGCGUGCGGUGUGCGGAUGGUGCGCCAAUAAACACACGUGGCUGA